CAUCUUGGAAAGUGGAGGCGCGUGGAAAGUACUAGAACAGCCAAUGCAGUUAAGCGAAAAGGAAAGGGCAAAAUUGGAACGAAAGAAAAAGUCGUAUUAAGGUGGCGUGUGUACCGCCACCACCUCACAAAAAGGUCCUUUCUUCUCGCAGCUUCCUCUGAAUAUUUUUAGCUUCAGAUCUACGAACUCGGAAAUCAGACCUCAAAACCCUAGAGCUCUCCCUUCCCCCAAUCCAACCUUCUCUCCACCGGUCUCUCUCGCCCUCCCCACAGCGAUGGCGUCGUUCAACGAAGCUCCCCCCGGCAAUGUAGAUAGCGGCGCCAAGAUCUUCAAGAUGAAGUGCGCCCAGUGCCACACCGUCGAGAAAGGCGCUGGCCACAAACAAGGGCCGAAUUUGAAUGGACUUUUCGGGAGGCAGUCUGGCACAACCCCAGGCUAUUCCUACUCUGCUGCCAACAAGAGCAUGGCUGUCAAUUGGGGAGAAAAUACAUUGUACGACUACUUGCUUAACCCAAAGAAGUACAUUCCUGGAACUAAGAUGGUGUUCCCUGGAUUGAAGAAGCCACAGGAUCGCGCAGACCUUAUUGCAUACCUGAAGGCAUCGACUGCUUGAUUGAUUCUUGGUGAUUUUGACAGAGAUUUGUGUUUCGACAUUUGCCCUUGGUUAAUAGUCCCGAAUUGGACUUUGUUUUUCCUGGAAGAGAAACAUUAGGCAUUUCUUGAAAAUAAAGACAUCGGGUAGGGUGGGUAAGCCCUAUGUUAUUUUGAGUUAGGGGAAAAGAAUAUAUUUGUUGAGACUAUACUGCGCGAGGCCCUCCGGUAGACCUCAGGAUUGAAUAUUCACAAGCCUUAUAUAAGAGCUGGAUUAUCGCUCUUUUUUUCUUUCUGGUUUACUGCAGUAGUGCAAAUGGAUCGGAUGAUUUCUGCUUCUAUUGUGCUUGUUAGUAGUCUUCGGUGAAGCGCGUAAGGUAUUUUUGCAGGUUUGUAGUUCUGGGUUUCCUGUAGCUUGGCAUGUGCAGAACUCGGUGUGGUAGCCGGUAGGGAGCCAAGUGGCCUAUUUCACUUGACGUCCUCUUUUAUUGCAACAUUGAUUUGGUUUAUCUACAUUCCUGGGAAGGUAGCUAUCUAAUCAGGUACUGGUCUUGGUGUAGAGUGGUUCCUCUAAAACUCAGAGUUUGCAAGUGAUAACACCGAGUUUUAGUAGAUCUUAGCGAAACGUAUUUGUUUACGAUAGAACGUAACUUGGCAGUAUACGGUCUCUUGUUGCGAUACUAGUGGUGCGAGUUUGUGUGGACAAGGUGAGAAUUGUUUGUUCACAGUCUCUCUAGACCUAGAGUAGAGUAUACAGCGUUCUAAAUAGAUAAAAGUUGUCUUCCCCUUCGAUGAGGUUGCAGAUCACUU